UUGACACAGCUCUCUGCUGAGGGCUUGAGGACGUGUUUCAACAGAUGGUUGGGGUUAGUGUGUGUCAUCACAUUCGAGUGGGGAUUAAGAGAAGGAAGGCUGCCCUGCUGGAGCUGUGUGGUCUUCUCCAAGUGAGAGUUGCAGGCACAUUCAAGGACUUGGCUUUGGGGAAGAAGAGGAGAAAUUCAUUCGCAGCGGGCACAAGAAAAGCGGUAUUUCCAGGUGCUGAGGGCCAGCUGCCAUCAGCUGGAGAAGGUGAAUCUGGCAAAUGACAUGAAGGUUCUUCAAGGCAGACGCAUUGCAGGGAAGCUUCAAAGGACUCCGUCUGCAGAUGUUCUGAAAACCUCUGAGUCUAGGAAUUGAUUAUUCAACCAGGCUACCUAAUUCAAGAACUCGAAGACAGACUUUUUGUCAGCUUCGCGACAUUGGACCAAGUACAAUGAAGAGUACUUGCUGGGCCCUGCUGCUGGCUAUUCUGGGCACUGAACUGCUGGGGAGCUUGUGUUCCACUGUGCGGUCCCAGAGGUUCCGAGGAAGGAUACAACAAGAACGCAAGAACAUCCGGCCUAACAUUAUUCUUGUGCUCACCGAUGACCAGGACGUGGAGCUGGGUUCUCUGCAAGUCAUGAACAAAACGAGAAAGAUCAUGGAGCAUGGCGGGGCCACCUUCACCAACGCCUUUGUGACCACACCCAUGUGCUGCCCGUCACGGUCGUCCAUGCUUACGGGGAAGUACGUGCACAACCACAACGUCUACACGAACAAUGAGAACUGCUCCUCCCCGUCGUGGCAGGCGAUGCACGAGCCUCGGACCUUCGCUGUGUAUCUCAACAACACUGGCUACAGAACAGCCUUUUUUGGAAAAUACCUCAAUGAAUAUAAUGGCAGCUACAUCCCUCCUGGGUGGCGAGAAUGGCUUGGAUUAAUCAAGAAUUCUCGUUUCUAUAAUUACACUGUUUGUCGCAACGGCAUCAAAGAAAAGCAUGGAUUUGAUUAUGCAAAGGACUACUUCACAGACUUAAUCACUAACGAGAGCAUUAAUUACUUCAAACUAUCUAAGAGAAUGUAUCCCCAUAGGCCCAUUAUGAUGGUGAUCAGCCACGCAGCACCCCACGGCCCUGAAGACUCCGCCCCACAGUUUUCAAAACUGUACCCCAAUGCCUCCCAACACAUAACUCCAAGCUAUAACUAUGCACCGAACAUGGACAAACACUGGAUCAUGCAGUACACAGGCCCCAUGCUGCCCAUCCACAUGGAGUUCACCAACGUCCUCCAGCGCAAACGACUGCAGACCCUGAUGUCAGUGGACGACUCCGUAGAGAGGCUGUACAACAUGCUGGUGGAGACGGGAGAGCUGGACAACACCUACAUCAUCUACACGGCCGACCACGGGUACCACAUCGGACAGUUCGGACUGGUCAAGGGGAAAUCCAUGCCGUAUGACUUUGACAUCCGUGUGCCUUUCUUUAUUCGUGGGCCAAGCAUAGAACCAGGGUCCAUAGUCCCACAGAUUGUUCUAAACAUCGAUCUCGCCCCUACCAUCCUGGAUAUCGCAGGGCUUGACACUCCUCCUGACGUGGAUGGCAAGUCUGUCCUCAAACUUCUAGACCUGGAGAAGCCAGGUAACAGGUUUCGAACAAACAAAAAGGCCAAGAUUUGGCGUGAUACAUUCCUAGUGGAAAGAGGGAAAUUUUUACGAAAGAAAGAGGAAGCCAGCAAGAAUAUCCAACAGUCAAACCACUUGCCCAAAUAUGAGAGGGUCAAGGAACUGUGCCAGCAGGCCAGAUACCAGACAGCGUGUGAGCAGCCGGGGCAGAAAUGGCAAUGCAUUGAGGAUACGUCUGGCAAGCUUCGAAUCCACAAGUGUAAGGGACCCAGCGACCUGCUCACCGUCCGUCAGAGCACGCGCAACCUCUACUCUCGCGGCUUGCACGACAAAGACAAAGAGUGCCAUUGUAGGGAGUCUGGUUAUCGAUCCAGCAGAAGCCAGAGAAAGAAUCAAAGGCAGUUCCUGAGGAACCAAGGAACACCAAAAUAUAAGCCCAGGUUUGUGCACACGCGGCAGACUCGGUCCCUGUCUGUCGAAUUUGAAGGCGAAAUAUACGACAUAAAUCUGGAAGAAGAAGAACUGCAAGUGUUACCCCCUAGGAGCAUUGCUAAGCGCCACGAUGAGGGCCACCAGCGGCUGGGAGGCCCUCAGGCUGCUGCUGGUGACAUCAGGAAUGAGAUGCUGGCCGAUAGCAACGACGCGGUGGGGCUGCCCACCACUGUCCGUGUGACACACAAAUGCUUCAUCCUUUCAAAUGAUACAAUCCAUUGUGAGAGAGAGCUGUACCAGUCGGCCAGAGCGUGGAAGGACCAUAAGGCCUACAUCGACAAAGAGAUUGAAGUUCUGCAAGAUAAAAUUAAGAAUUUAAGAGAAGUGAGGGGACACCUAAAGAAAAGGAAGCCGGAGGAAUGUAGCUGCGGUAAGCAGAGCUAUUACAACAAGGAGAAAGGUGUGAAAAGGCAAGAGAAGUUAAAAAACCAUCUUCACCCUUUCAAGGAGGCUGCUGCUCAGGAGGUGGACAGCAAGCUGCAACUCUUCAAGGAGAACCGCCGGAGGAAGAAGGCGAGGAAGGAGAAGAAACGCCAGAGGAAGGGGGAAGAGUGCAGCCUGCCUGGGCUCACCUGCUUCACACAUGACAACAACCACUGGCAGACCGCCCCCUUCUGGAACCUGGGAUCUUUCUGCGCAUGCACAAGCUCCAACAAUAACACAUACUGGUGUUUGCGUACAGUUAAUGAGACACACAAUUUUCUCUUUUGUGAGUUUGCUACCGGCUUUCUGGAGUAUUUUGACAUGAAUACAGAUCCUUAUCAGCUCACGAAUACAGUGCACACCGUGGAAAGGGGCAUUUUGAACCAGCUACACAUACAGUUAAUGGAGCUCCGAAGCUGUCAAGGGUAUAAGCAGUGCAACCCGAGACCCAAGAGCCUUGACGUCGGAACUAAAGAUGGAGGAAGCUAUGACCUACACAGAGGACAAUUAUGGGAUGGAUGGGAAGGUUAGUCAGUCCAGCAUUGCUUCAGACACCAACUGGCAAGGCCUGGAGGAGUUAUCCGGUGUGGAUGACAACACCAAUGAG